UAGGAUUUGUCAAAGCAAAAUGUUCAAACUCACAGUUGUAGCCAUCUUUGGCCUGCUGGCGGUCGUUUCUUCUCAACAUUGGGGAGGGAACGGAGGAGAUUGGGGUGGAUACGGAAGCGGUUAUGGAGCUGGCGGAUAUCAUCAUGAUCAACAUGAUCACCACGCAUAUCCAAAGUACAACUUCGAAUACGGUGUCAAGGAUCAUCAUACCGGAGAUCACAAGAGCCAGUGGGAGCAGCGAGAUGGUGACGUCGUUAAGGGCGGAUACACUUUGGAUGAAGCCGAUGGCACGAAGCGAAUUGUAGAAUACUACUCCGAUGGUCACCAUGGAUUGCAGGCUCAUGUGAAGCGUGUUGGUCACGCCGUUCAUCCGCAGGUCUAUGGACAUCACAAUCACCAUGGAGGAUUUUAUGGUAACGCUGCUGGUGCCGGAUACGGAUACGGUGGGCACGGACAUGGUACCGGAUAUAGCUACAAUAACCUGGAUCAGCACUUUUAA